CUCUCAGAGCUGCAGAGCUAGUGCAGUCUGUACCACCAGGUACGGCAGCGACCUACCUCUGUCAACACGGCGGCCUUCUCGAGUGCAAAACCCAAAACAGGCAGAUUUUAAGAAACCAACACUAGCACGCAGCCAUGGCGGCUGAAACCGACAAGGUAGAGCCCGCGGACAGCGAACAAGAUGAGGAAGAAGACGUGUACGAAGUGGAAAAGAUCAUUGACAUGCGGGUGGAAGAGGGUGAAGUGCUGUACAGAGUUCGCUGGAAGAACUACUGCUCUGACGAUGACACGUGGGAACCGGAGGCCCAUUUGGAAGACUGUCGCGAAGUCCUCUUGGCUUUUAAGAAGUCACAGGCUGAAGCUAAGGCCAAGAAAGAGGCAGAAACCAAGAAAUGUGUGAAACCACUGCCUCCAAAGAGUGACGUGUUUGAUGCUGACUCGGAAAGUGACAGCGACAAAGACCGACCAACAGAGGCACCCGUCAAGAAGAAAAAGAAGAAGAAAGUCCGGGAAGAGGAGGAGGAAGAAGAAUCGCAUCUUAAGGAAAAAAAGAAAAAGAAGAAGGACAAGCGGAAAGAAGAGUUUAGGCCCCUACCGGCACCAGAAACCGAUGAGGAAGAAGGCAGAGCCCCAACCCCAAGCUCUCCACCCAAGGAGAGAAAGACUGAAUCAAAAAAACGUGUGGUUGAAUCAGAAGAGGAAGAGGAUGACCCUGUUCCCUCCAAGAAACACAGGAAGGAAAAGGGAAAAGAGGGAGGGAAGCAUAAAAAAGAAAAGGGCGACGAUGGGAGGAAAAAGAAGGGGAAGAAAGAGAGGAAGAUCGAAACCUCUGAAGAUGAGGCCGCUGCUCCACUGGAAGAUGACGUGAGCGAAGGCCCGUCAGAGUCCCAAAUGGACGAUUCCGCAUCAACUGAGACUUUAACAAAAUCGGUGGAAAAAGCAAGUUUGGACGACAAGUCCAGACAAAAAAAGGGGAAGUGGGAAGUAAAGCUGCAGGGUAUAAAGGACCUUAUCCACGACAAAAAGAACAAAAAGACCGAUUCUACUCAGAAAGAAAGCAGCCUCCAAAAACUGAAGAGUCAUAGCUCUAAAGCAAAAGAGGACACUGCGCUACAAUCAGACUCCAGUGACAACUCCACCCUACAUAAGAAAGCAAAGAGCAAAGGGCAGGAGAGCGCGUCUGCACCACCCAAAGUCCCAUCUACAUCGUCCUCGUCGUCCUCGUCCUCUGUUACAGCUGUUGGUGUCACCAAGAGUAAGGAGGAGGAGGUUACCAAGGACGAGAUAUUGGGACAGAAGGACACCACAGGUUCGACUAACCUUUUCGAAAAGUUCCUGUUAAACUGCGAGGCCAAGGAUCGCGCCCCCCGCAGGAAUCAACCCACCACAGAGAAGAGCAGCAGCAAACCCACAAAGGUAUUGGGAAAAAUUGAGAAGAUUCCCAAAACAACCAAAGAGUCUCCUGUUCAGAAACAAGAGCCGGAGAAGACGGAGAGGCCCAAGCAAUCAGAUGUUUUGCGACCAGUUCAGAGUUAUGGCUUCAGCCUGGACACCGAGGAGCGGGAAGAGGAAUCUUUGGCAAAAUCGAAGCCUGGAGAUGAUACCCGGGAGCGUAGGGAUAAGACAGAUGAACCACAGCGGCAAAGCUGGGAGCGGAGAACCCCUUCUGAUGACAGGAGAAAGAAAAGGGAGGACAGUGAGCCUAGACUCUUUAUGGCAUGUGAUGAUACCCAGGACCCACCAGAGGGCACUGACAAAUCUGACAAGGGCCAGGCCACUUUGAGUCUAGGAAUGGACCUUAAUCUGGACUGGAUGACUCUGGAUGAUUUCCAAAAACAUCUUAACGGAGAGGAUGAGAUCUUGUCAGGUCCACCUUUGUCACCAAAUGAGUUGCGAGAUGCUGUAAAAAGUGGAGAUUACAUGGCUGUGAAACUGGCACUUAAUUCCAAAGAGGACUACAAUCUGGACCAAGAGGCGAGUACUAUUGGUGAGAAGAAGUCAUUUGAAGGAGAGAGGAACUUGAUUGAAGAGAGAAGUUCGAGUGAUGCUCUUAGAUUGACUUCUAACACUGAAAGUGCAAGAAACGAAGCAGGCACUGCAAAAGAGAAUAUCCCACAAGAUUUGGAUGAUCAAAAAAAUGAUAAGGAUAUUACUGAAUCAGAAAACGCAGCAUUCGGUUCACCUACCAAGCAGAAAAGUCGAGGAAAGGAAGACCAAAAGGAUGGAGAAGACAACGAGACGUCAGAUGACACAAUGGGUGGUUUGUCAAGUAAAAUUAGUUUGAAUUUUGAUCAUUCGGAUCAAGUGCUGUCAAAUAAACAAAACCUCCUAAAGCAAACAAAUGACUCAGGCGACGAGCCAGGAGAUGUAGGGGCAGGUAUUACAGAUAUGGUUCUAUCUGCAUCAAGUACGAAAGAAAUGGUUAAAAGAUUACGGCGCUGCACAAAAACUGUGGAAAAGAGAGAACCAACAAGAUCAAGUCUAAGGACUUGUAAGAAAUUGCAUCAAAUGACACCUUGCGUAUUGGAUGAAGAGAAGAAAGAGUCAUGCAAGAAACAUUUCUGUUUAUACUGCAAAAUGGCUUUCACUCAACUUGCAAAGCAUUUGGAAAGGAAACAUGCGGAGGAAACGGAUGUUGCCCAUGCAAUACACUUUCCAAAAGGCUCCAAAGUCAGACAGACAUUGCUUGAUCAAAUUCGCAAUAGAGGAGAUUAUGAACAUAAUUGCCAAGUUCUUAAAAGUGGCGAGGGGGAAAUUGUGACCAAGAAACAGGUCAAGAAACCCAGUGUAUCAGUUCGUGACUUCUUACCUUGUCAACAUUGUUUUGCAUUUUAUCGCAAAACUGAUUUAUGGAGACACGAAAGGUCAUGUAAAGCUAGAAAAGGAGACGAGAAAUCUUCUGAGAAAACAAAAAGAACGAGAGGUCACAGUGCUGCCUCCCGGCUGCUUCCAAUGUCAGAGUUCUUAACUGGAGGCUGUGAGGAAAUCAUCCACAUCAUGCAUCAAGAUGACAUCUCGAGGCAUAUCAGAAACGACCCGCUUAUUUGUAAAUAUGGCAAUGCAUUGUCUGUUAAAUAUGAGCAUGACAAGUCUCAGUUUGCUUACAUUGCACAAAAAAUGAGGGAACUGGGUAGAUUUGUGCUUGCCGUAAAUGAGCUGGACAGGAGUGUAAAGUACUUGCAUGAAAUAUGUCUGCCAUCCCGAUUUGAAUUAGCUGUUCAAGGGGUCAAAAGGAUUAGUGGAUUUGACCCCAGUUCCAGUAAGUUUAAAAGCAUUUCCCUUGUCACGAAGAUUGGAUACUCUUUGAAACGAGCUGCAGAAAUUGCGUUUGGUGAGAGUCGCAUGACGGAGGACAGUGAAUCAGAAAACGAAGUGAAAAAAUUCAUACAACUUCUUGAUACAAAAUGGAAUGAGUGUUUUUCUCGCAAAACACUUGCCUCCUCUCUAAAGCAAGAAGUCAAGAAAGUGGAAGUGGACAAAUCAACUGUGACAGAAGACUUGAUGAAACUUCACAGGUUUAUCACAGAGGAAGGAGACGAAACAAGAAAGGAGCUGAAAGAAAGUCCUAGUUUGUCAACGUGGAAAAAGCUCAGUGAAGCAACUUUAGCCGAUGUCUGUCUGUUCAACAGAGGAAGGGUAGGAAAUAUUGGUAGACUGCUUUUGCAAACUUACAUUCAGAGAAAGAGCAAAGGAAUAUUUGUGCCCUCUGCAGAUCAAAUAAGGAAAAGCACAAAAUUGGAGCUAGAACUUGGUUCCGCUUUGACCAGGUUGGAAUUAGAAGGUCAGUAUGGAAGGAACAUGCUGGUUCUUUUAACAGAACGCAUGGUUUUGUCUAUUGACUUGCUUGUUGAAAAUAGAGAACGAGCAGGUGUGUCAAAAACAAACCCAUACCUUUUUGCACGGACUGAAGGUCCAUCCUUCAUCCGAGCGUUGGAUUGUUUCCGACGGGUUGCAAUGGAAUGUGGAGUUAAAAACCCAGAAGCACUUCUUUCCUCGUCAUUAAGAGAGCAAAUUGCCAGCUCCUGGCAGUUAAUGAGCCUUAAUGAAUAUGAACUGGAUCAAGUGGCCAACUUGUUGGGAAAGAGCAGCCAGGAGUGUUACAGACUCUUAAAAAACGCAUCCCAGCUAGAAGAAGUGAGCAAACAGCUGCUCAAGAUGGAUCGAACGCUUCCAUCACUUCCAGUCAGCAGUGCAAAAGAUGGAACUGCACAGAAGCCUGCUUUAAAAAGAAGACCUUGGAGUGAGAAUGAGCAGGCUGCAGUGAAACGUUACUUGAGUGAAUUUAUCACAAGGAUGAAGGUUCCGGGCAAAAAGGAGUGCAAUGCUUGCAUAGCUGCUGAGCCAGAUCUCGGAGGAAGAUCUUGGACAGACGUUAAAAACUAUGUACACAACACACUACAGACAAUACGUAGGAGAAAUAACAUACAGAAGUCUGAGGGGAACCUUAAUGUUUUGAAUCCAAAGAGAUCAAAAGCUGGAGUCCAAACCACAAAGACAACUUUGGAAGACACAAGCACUGUGUGUACUAUGACAACAGUCGACCCAGAUAACUUGAGAGAAAGUUCAAAUUGUUGCAUGACAAUGCCGCCGCCGCCACCAGCAGCCAACUUGGGAGAUGCAUCACCAUUCUGCCAAGAGAUUACUUCAAGUUACGCAUCCUUGUGCUCAUCUAGUACAGAUAUGGUCCAUACAAGUCAACCAUUGAUUUCUACUUUCACACCAUUGAAUGCUACUGAUACGCAAGUUGUUCCUACAUUUACUCCACACAACACUACAAAUGCCCUAAUGCCUCCUCCAUACACUCCAGAAAACAGCAGAAUUAUGCCAUUGUCUCCUUCAUAUACACAGAAUGCUACAAACAUGUCACCUCCUUCUGUGUAUGUACCACAGGACACUACAACAACACAAAUGAUUCCUUCGUUUACCUCUCUUAAUACUCCAAGUACCUCAAUGGUUCCUACAUUCACACAGUUAAAUACUAUAAGUUCUCCAAUGGUUAAUCCAUUCUCAACACUUAAUGAUGGAAGUAGGCCUAUUAUGUCUUCGUUUACACCUCUAAACCAUUCAAGUUCACCACCUUACCCCUUAAGCCCAUCGAGGGGCCCUGCAGCUGCACAGGUUGUCCCAACAAUCCACGGACCCAGUCUUUCUGACAGAAGUCCGGUGGUACCUGAAAAUGCUCCUAUGUCUUCUGCAGGAAAACAAAUCAAUCCAGCUGUCAAGCCUCAAAAAAGAAACAAAAGGUUGUGGAGUGAGGAAGAACAGGCAGCAGUGAGGCGACAGCUUGGAGACUUCUCUAAGCUGGUAAAAGUGCCGGGCAAAAAGGACUGCGAUGCGUGUUUAGCUGCUGAACCUGCCUUAAGCAGCAGAACAUGGAGGGAGGUCAAAUAUUUUGUACAUAAUUCUAUUCAGUCACUCAAAAGAAGAGGUCAUACUGUUGCAUCCAAACAAAGUGGAGGACAAGAUCCAGAGACUCAUAAUUCAAACUCUGAGUGGGAUGGUCCUGUUUAUCUGUCCCUGUAAAUGUUAUUUGACAUGCAGUAUAACCACACGUUAUCAGCGAGGUCUUAGACAUGAGAGGGACAUCACUUUACCUCAAUUUGUAUAAGGUAUACAAAUGAAACUGAUGGAAAUUGGUGUAACAUACCAUCGUAGCCACAAGACAUUUAAAGGCAGCCCUUUUAUUCUUCAAAUUAAAGACCCCAGAGUAUCCCGGAUCACGUUCAAGCAUAAAUUAAGCAAUCAAUUGCACAAAUAUACACUAAAUGGGUGGAAUUAGGGAUGUUUGUACUGUAGCUUUGGCUUACAAGAAAAUAAGCUUAGAAUGCAUAUACUAUCUAACAAUGUCAGGUUGUCUCUAGGAAAUAUUCUAAUUGAGUUUUGUGAUUGUUUAGCAGACUUGAACCUCAUUUUUGCCUGUAAUGUUUCACUAGUGAAAUCAUCUUUGGGUGACAAGUAGUGCCACCCAAAUAUGCUUCCCCACACUGUAGUUGUAAAAAUGAUAACACCAAGAGUUGUUUGGAAAUCCCACCUCCACUGUGGACAGGGCAGCCCAUUUUAGAGCACAGAUGGCCUCUGACUGGGCAUUUACAGGGGGAUUUUUACUUGUCUUUGACAUGUACUUUAUGCAUCCGUCUUACUGCCUGUAUCAAUUUUAGUAGCAUUUUUUAAUGUGUUUUGGUGAUUAGAAAUCAAAAGCCUACCAGCAAACCUUUGCAGUGAAACCGUCCAGCGUGAUAGAUUUACUUUGCCGUUUACCCAAACAAGCCCAGGUGUACUAUAUUCCUGCUUUAGCCAGUAGCAUAUAUUGUAGAUAGCUUGCAGCAGUAAUGAUAUACCUUCCUUGCUGACAAUAGAGAAUUAGGAGCUGUGUGUAUCUAUAGCUGAAAUAUAAAAAGCACUUUCUUUCUUUAAAGAUCCACUUAAUACUUAUCUAUUAUUAUCCUUUGUUAUCUUUAUCUUUAACAAUCUGCCUAAAAGGUGUGUUGUAUUUUUGUAUACCCAUACAGUGACUGUGUAUAGCAUUUUAGCAUUUAAUUGUAUUUAGUGUACUCUAAUUUUAGUUGAAAUACACUACAUUUGACUCAUUUACAUUACUUUAUAGUAUGUUUUUAUUUUCUAGAUGUUUAUAACAUUAAUAUCCAGUUGCCAAGAACAAAUUGCCUUAUGGCUGGGUUGCUGUCGUUCCCACUGGCUUCCACUUUGUCAUAAUACCUGCAGAAGCAGCAUCCCUGGGUGCUUGUUUUUGCACACCUGUGGCCGUGGAAGUGAUUGGAAUAUUUGGAUGGGUAACUGAAUACUUUUGGCAAUAUACUGUAUGCAUAAUUGUCUAGCAGACAUUAGACAGAGGAUGAGGAUGUUAGUUUCUGUUUACGGUUUCUAAGUAUAUUUCGCAUUUCAUUUUAAGGAGGAAUUUGUGGCUUGGUUAGUUCAGCCCAGAGUGAUGGAUACAGGUUUGGACACUAAUGAAGCACUUCCUCAUGUUCAGUGUGUUGCUUCUUUCAGACUGGACAUUCAACAAGAGUUGUGGUGUUGAUGAUCUGUUAUUUAGGUCAGUCAACUUUGUAGAUGCCAUAGUCAGGACAUUUGCAAAGAAAAUUUAAUCUUGAGUCAUUUUUACCAGUAAAUAUUCAAAGACUGGACAGCAUUGCUGCUUUUAUUCACAUUUAAAAGCUUUUCUGUUAAGAUCAAUAGUAGUUGUAGUGAACCUGUUUUUAAGAAACCAGUGUUUGCCCUUUCAUACCAAAGCUAUUAGUGUUGGACACACAUAAGACUGACUGCAAUAAGUUACACAGCCAGGUUAGAUGGCACAUUGCCAUGUGAUUUUCAUCACGCCUUUCCUGUGUUGUUGCCGCCUUGUUAAAAAGGGUACAUCUGUGUUACAGUGUAUACCAGUAGUUACAUAUACAGCUGUAUUUGGAAGAUGAAUCUGUGAAUGGUAUUGAUGGUAAUGAUACAAGUGAUUGUUCAGACACUACCAUUGUUGUUUAAUGUUGCAAAACUAAUGUUUUUCCCUGCGUAGAAGUUACAUUGUUUUUAUUGCUGUUGUAUAAGCACUUUAUGUAUUAGUCUUCAUGUUUCCUUCAGUUAAUACUUCAUAUCAAAAAUCUGCUUGUACAAUAAAAUGCUUCUUGGCUUAAAAUUUUAAAACGGGUGACAAGUGUUAAAUGAUUUUCCCGUUUAUUGGGUGAAGGUUUGCAGCUGUAUUGAUUUGAUAAACA